GGUUUGUGUUUCUUGUCGGACCUGUUAACAGACGGGACCGGAAGUUCCUCCAAUCACAACUUUCACACGUGAACGGAGCAGAUUCAGACUAUUAUCUUAUUCAGAAGUCUUUCCUUGAGAAGUUUUUGAAAACACUGGUUUUAUUUGAGCUUUUAUCUGUGCAGCCUGAGGCUCACUCACCGCGUUCACAGCAAACAUGGCGGAGAUCGUUCAGCAGCGGGUCGAGGACCGGAUCCCUGAGCUGGAGCAGCUGGAGAGAGUGGGACUUUUCACCAAGAAAGAAGUCAAAGCCAUAAUAAAGAAAUCAACAGCUCUGGAGUACAAGCUGCACCGGUUGAUUGUAAACAAGGAGGACUUCAUCUCCUACAUUCAGUAUGAAAUCAAUGUUUUAGAGCUGAUCAAGAAGAGAAGAGCGCACAUACGUUACCACUUUAAACAGGAGGAGAUUGAAUUCCCCAUCAUCCACAGAAUAACCAGUAUUUUCAGAAGAGCCACAAAAAAGUGGAAGGAUGAUGUGCAGCUCUGGCUCUCACAUGUUGCCUUUGCCAAGAAAUGGACAACCAAAGGUCAGAUCAGCAAGGUUUUCUCAGCAAUGCUUGCUAUCCACCCCGACAAACCAGCCUUGUGGAUCAUGGCUGCCAAGAGCGAGCUGGAGGAUCGAGAUUCGUCCGAGAGUGCCAGACACCUGUUUCUGCGAGCGCUUCGUUUUCACCCAAACAGCAAGAAAGUCUACCAGGAGUACUUCCGCAUGGAGCUGCUGCACUGUGAGAAGCUGAGGAAGCAGAAAGAGGUGCUGGAGAAAGCUGAUCUGGACUUUGGUGAAUAUGAGUUUUCUCCUGAGAUCUUGAGUGGCAAACUCACCGAGGUUGUGUACAGAGACGCUACAGACAAAAUCAAAGAAGCAGAGUUUGUCAUCUCACUCCUGAGCAUAGCAUCGGUCUUUGACUUCACCAAAGAACUUCAGGACAUGAUUCUGCAAGACUUACAGACAAACUACACGGAGGACAGCCUGACCUGGGACUUCAUGGCCAAGAGGGAGCUGGAGGCUCCGGGGGCCGGGGAGGAGCUCCACUCAGCCAAAGGUCGAGCCUCGGAUAUCAACCGCAGAGAGGAGCGCUGCUGUCAGGUGUACGAGGAGGGCGUCAAGAGCCUCAACACUGAGCCAAUGUGGACCUGUUAUGUGGCCUUCUGCUUGGAAAGACUAAAGAGAAAGACUAACGUCCAAGAGCUGAAAGAAAAGAGACAGGAGAGGCUGCUGGGAGUUUUACAGCRUGCCCAUGACUCCUCCCUACUGAAGGAGAAUUACUACAAAAACUGGCUGGAGAUCCUGCUGUUGUCAGGUGAUGCUGAGGGAGGAGCCGGUGUUGCUGUGGCGGCCGCGCGGCGCUACAUCCAGUCUGUGUCGGUGUGGUGUUUGAGUCUGCGAACAUUAAUGCAGCUGGGGAGCGGAGACGUUGGCGGGCUCUUCCAGGACGCCCUCUCACACGUUAAUCCCAAGGAAAGUCUGCCACUGUGGCAGCUGCAGGUCCAGUGGAGCACGGCGAACCAGAGUCCUGAAGAGACAGAAGCUGUCUUCAAGAGAGGGCUGCAGUCUGCAGUCGCCACUGUUGCAAUGGAGAUGAAGGAGCGCUACCUGGAUUGGUCCUACUCGACCGGAGGCUAUAAGAAAGCAAAGAAGACCUUUACAAGCCUGCAAGAAAACCGUCCACUGUCCAAGGCUUUUUUCACAAAAAUGAUUGAAAUAGAGAAAGAACAAGAGACUCCAAAGAUCAAUAAUCUGAGGGACUAUUAUGAGAGAGCGCUGCAGGAGUUUGGCACUUCAGAUGAUGAUCUGUGGCUGCAGUACAUCCAGGAGGAGCAGGGACCCCUCGGUCAGCCCCAGAACUGUGGGAAGAUCCACUGGAGAGCCAUGAAGUUCCUGGAGGGGCCGAGCGUGGAGCGCUUCACCUCCAAAUACACUCUGUUUCAGACCGGACACUUGUGAGGGAGCAGAGUGGGUUACAGACGUUCUGCUUGUUUCUAAAAGGACCUGGAAGUGUUUAAACACGACUCGACUCUUUCCGGUCACGACUUGUUUCGUCACCUUUAAGUGGAAAGUUUCAGRUCGUAAAGAAAAGAGGCUAUUUAUUCUUCUUAAAGGUCCAGACGUGUUCUGUAAACAUUCCCAGACUCUGACCUGUUUUCUUAAUGCCUGUAAUGUUUUACAGCAUGUGUUUACUUUGUUGUGAUGCUUUGAGAAGCAGACUGUUGAAAACAUUUUGUUUAGAACGAUCCAAUCUGUGAGUCUGUUGUGAUAUUAAAAACAGUUUUUCAUCUGA